UAGCCAUCAUUAUCUCCACAGGAAACAAAAAACACUUGAAACCUUACAUACUUGGAUCUAAGACAAAGUGAGUAUGAAACAUUCUGAAUAGUAAGUCUAUGAUUCAGCUUGAUUAGAUAGAUCCGGAAAAAAUGUUGACUCCUCUACUUAACACACUCUCUAUGUUGUAUGAAACAUGCAUGUCUGAUUUCUGAAAAAAUUAUGAAUAAUUGGGGUCUAAUGUCUUACGAAAUUUCAAAACUGAAGAAAAAAGUCGGCAUCAAAACGCGCAUCCCCAAAACCAAGAAGCAAAUUGGGAGAGAAACGAUGAAUGUCAAAGCAAAGCAGACGUUUAAGAACUGUACCAGAGAAAUCGCGUGUAGAGAAGAAGAGAUUCAGCUCGAAACUUCAGCUGAGUCUGGAGAUCACAUGAAGAUUGUUCCAUUGAUGCUCAUUGCCUUCGUCGUCAUACUCUUGUCGGCGGCUCCGAUCAAAGUUAAUGGUGAUGAGAUGAUGGGCAGAUGCAUGCAUGAGAUUGCAAAUUGUUUAGUUGCCAUUGAUAAAGGCACCAAAUUGCCGAGUUACUGUUGUGGAAGAAUGGUAAAGCCACAACCAUGUGCCUGCAAGUAUUUUAUCAAGAACCCUGUGCUCUUGCCCAGACUUCUAAUUGCUUGUCGUGUUCCUCAUCCUAAGUGUUAG